AAUAAGUUACCUACCUAAACCUAGGUACGUACGUGCUCCUGUCUAAUUUUUUAUAAAUCUAUCCAUAUUUGAGCACCUAAGUAAAGAGUCGGGACUAUGGAGAAUAUCAUGGAAAAUAAUAUCGUCGCUAGUUUGCGGUAGUUACCGUUUAAACUGUAGUUAACUCUUAAGCAAUUAAAGACUUGUCAUAUGUCUUUCGUUGGUAACACGACGGCUCGCAACCAAAAAGAAAAAAAGGCGUAGAGGCUACGCCGUAGAUAGAUGUAUGAGAUCAACAUACCUUGGUAGGUUAACCGUUAACCUAUUCGGUCAGGUCGUUUUAGAGGUUUGCCAAGUCUACCUCUCUAUAUGCGAAACGCCGCAAGUAUAAACCUCCUGAAAUCCCACCCGCCAAAGUGACCGAUCAUGGGCUCACUCUAACCCGAUUACGCGACCUGAUGGAUUGAUUAUUCCCUUUAUAUGACUGAUGCCCAGUGAUGCAGGACAUCCUUCGCCGAGAAGAUGGGAUUGCCGUCUGCAUUUGUUUCCUUGAUUCGUUUCCUUUAGCCUUACUCUCUCAGCUAUCAUCUAUUUUCUUUUGCAUUUUUUUUUUUACUACAAUCUCACAUUCCAUUCAUUUGACGGCGGGACCUUCAUUCAUUUCAUUCUCGUUCUUCGCCUUUCGACUCUUCUCAUGUUCAAUUCGUAAGAAGCUUUCAUUAAGAAAUGUACUUUAAGAAGUCGAUUUUCUUGUUGGCCGCGGCGCGUGUUGUCCUUGCAAAAGUUCAAUUUCUAGGUGUUUCUAUUGCGGGAGGCGAAUUCGGGUGCAAGGACGAUGGGACAUGUCCUUUAAACUCUACAAAGCUUCCGGACGAUGGAGUUACUCAGAUGUGGCACUUUGUCGGAGAUGACGCCAUCAACAUACUGAGAAUGCCGAUAUCAUGGCAGUUUCUCGUCAACGACAAUUUAGGGGGAAAGCUCGAUAGCAGUAACUUUGAUAAAUACGACCGGUUAAUGCAGGCUUGUCUCGCCACCGACGCAUACUGUAUGAUCGAUAUCCACAACUACGCCCGAUGGAACGGCAAGAUCAUCGGACAGGGUGGACCAACGAAUGACCAAUUCGUCAAUCUCUGGGAACAGUUGGCGGAGAAAUACUCUGACAAGGAUAAGGUUAUCUUCGAGCUCAUGAACGAGCCGCACGACGUCGACGUCGAGACGUGGGCGAAGACUUGCCAGCAGGUUGUUACGGCUAUCAGAAAAGCCGGCGCGACGAAGCAGAUGAUACUGCUUCCUGGGUCAAACUCGGAUGGCGUGGCGACACUAACUGAGGACGGCGGUGCGGACCAAUUGCUAAAUAUCACGAACCCCGACGGAUCAACAGAUAAUCUGCUCUUGGAUAUCCAUGCAUAUUUGGAUAAGGAUGGCUCAGGGACGAACAAGCAAUGUUCAACGGAUAACACCGAUGCGUUCACAGACCUUGCGAAGUACCUAAGGCAAAAGGGGAGGAAAGGCCUCGUCAGCCAGACCGGGGCGUCGCAAGAUUCUUCCUGUCUUAAAAUGUUCUGUGCGCAAAACAAACUUAUCAACGACAACUCGGACGUCUUCGUCGGCAUAGUUGGUUGGGGCGCCGGCAAUAUCGAGACUUCCGACGUUCUAAGCUUGACACCAUCAAAGAAGGAUGGACGUCUAGUCGAUAACCAGUUGAUGUCUGAGUGCCUGGUCGAUACAUGGGCCAACGCUACGGAAGUAAUCAAUCUGUCGAAGCCGGAGCCGGAGUCGACGACAAAGGAAUUCAUUCCUACUUUCACUACUUCCCUGUCGAGGAGCAUUGUUACACCACCCGCGCGCACAUCCUCGUCUGCAGACUCCGCAGACUUCGAGGAGCCUAUUGUUACGGUCCAAGUCCUCUCCGAUGUAAGUAUACUACAAACAGCGGGACUCCCCACCCUCACGACAUUGAUAACCGCGGCCGGGUCGCCGAGCGACGAAUCUUAUAGCAUUGCAUUGGAGAUGCCGACUACCACACCAGUAAUAAGCCAGACCUCAGUACCUGGCCCGACGCCGACGGGAGAUGCCCCAUCGACGAGAGCGAUGACGCUCCUCCUCUGGGGCUUCGCACUGCUGCCUCUACUUUUAUGAUUUCAAAGAUCAUGAUAGUUUAAAUUUUGAAAAAAAAAAAAAAAGAAAGAAAGAAAAGUUGACUGCCGUAGUGUCUGCGACCCUAUAGAUAAUGAGGUCAGGACCUCACAACCGGUAGCGUAUGAUUUCACUCGAUGGGAAUUUCAAUAUUUGCGAAUGGUCGCUGGAACAUGAAUCGUCAGGCGUAUGAGAUGGGCUAUUCUUAUUUUGGGCUUCUGAUCAGAAUUUGUGUCAUAUUAGCCUUGAACACUUCCUUGUAUAUACUUGCAUUGAUACACCGAUACCAUUAACACGAUCCUCGCUGGAUUGCUGGCAAAGAAUGUCUUGGAUGAGUUGUAAUUUUGAGUGAGAUGUGAGAACCGAGAAGUGAACAUUGUUUCAAUAUGAAGUCUUGGGUGAAGUUGACCAUUCGGAGUUUCGGUAUUUAGUAACUAUAGUAAAAGGGGUAUGAUUAUGAUUAAGAUAGGUUCCUGAUCUGCCUACG